GAAAAAUAAGAGUGUGUGAAAGACUUGUUGAUCAGUUUCUAGCAGCAGCUGCGCCAAAUACCAUGGACGACAUCGAGACUGGUGGAACUCUUUGCGGAAAAGAGAUCAAUGGAGUGUUAUACGUAACUCAUAUUCUCAUUCCUAAACAAACGGGAAAUUCAUUUUCCUGUACAACGUAUGACGAGGAAGACUUGGCGUAUUAUCAACUUGAAGUUAACCGAACCGAAGGAAUCGUGUUUACAGACCCAUCCUUCUCAUGGCUGUUUUCUGUCAAGUGUUGACCUUCGUUGUCACUACUCGUAUCAGAGACUGAUGAAAGAGUCAAUAGCUAUCGUGUGUGCUCCAGAACGGACUGGAUACUUUACAAUGACUCGACGUGGAAAGGACUGCAUUAUACGUUGCAAGCUUCCAGCACAUCAACUGCAUCAGCACCCUGAACGUGAAAUGUGUCGUCUAUUUACGGAUGCCAACACGUGACAUUGGAUCAGACAAGACCGGGAAUUCUCGUAGACCUUCGAUGAGAACCACGCAGAAGCUGUAAAUGAUUGGCUAGAAUUUAUCCUAGUUGAGCCAAAGACAUAAUGUUGACUGUAUAAAAUGUAUGUAGCACUUCAAUUAACGUGUGAUAUAGUAGAGCAAGUAUUAUAGCUGUGUAGAGUUACAGUGUAGUGUAGUAUAGAGUCUAGUGUAUAAAAUGUAUAUUAGAGUAAGUUCAGGUAAAAGGUACAGGCAAAAGUUCAUAUUUCCGAUACCAGAAAUAGUAUGUACAGUACUGUUUAGAUUUGA